GGGGAUUGGUACUGUAGCUAGCUAGCUUAGCUACACAAGAAAAGAGAGGGAGAGAGAGAGGGGAUCGCAAGCUAGGUAGGCUAGUCAUGGCGGAUCAGCUGGGCGGCAUGGGCAGCCCGCAGCUAAGCCUGAGCAGCUGCAGCUCGUUCUUGUCCAUCUCCAGCGCCGGCAACAGCGCCGCCGAUGGUGCUCCCCAUCUAUCCCUCGGCGUGGGUGGCGCCGAGGAGCUGGAUCUGCUGAUGCAGGUGGGCAUAGGUGGCGGUGGCGGCGGCGGCGGCGACGAGGAGGAGGAGGAGCGCAAGACCAUCCGGAUGAUGAAGAACAGGGAAUCGGCGCUGCGCUCCAGGGCGAGGAAGAGGGCGUAUGUGCAGGAGCUGGAGAAGGAAGUUCACCGGCUGGUGAAUGAGAACCUCAAGCUCAAGAGGCACUGCAAACAACUUAAGACAGAGAUGGCUGCUCUGAUCCAGCCUACCACCAAGCAGAGCUCCCACCGGAGAAGCUCAUCCACUUGAUCAGCGGAGCAGCUAAGCUUUUUAUGCAGACGCAGAGCUUCUACCUGCAGCCAUUGCCAUUGGGUUGACUGUCCCCAGGGGUAGCGAGUAACAACGGCUUUCCGGUAUUUUUUUUUUGGUUUCGGAUGCAUUGUGAUCCACUGCACAUGCAUGCUUAAUUGUUUGUUUGUGUCAGCGGCUAACUCUGCAUAUAUACCCAUGCUUGCUUACUGCAAAACCCCAAAUAUAUAAGGCGCUCGGAAUGUCUGUCUGCUUUCAACUAUAGUUUAAAGCACGCCUACACUCGUUUGUGUUGCAUUGUUCUA